UUUCGUUUGAGCCGGCCGGCGUCUAACCGGAUAGCCGGAUGUUGGUUCUUAAAUUUUGACUGAAACUUAUCCCGGCGUUGUGAAAAAAAAAUGACAAUUACGUGAGAAGACUAGAGAUAAGAGAGGAGAAAAGGGACGGAGAGCCCAGAAGAGCUUUCAUAGUUUUUAUCAGUUUGCGCGAUUUAAAAAUAUUAAUCAAACGCUGAUUAGAAGGGAGCAGAGUAUAUAGAAGGAAACGCGAAUCGGUUCUCGGCGCUCCGCAAACUCCGUUCGAUUACAACAAAAAACAGUGACAAUGUGGUUUUUCCUCAUUCUAAUCCAAGUCUGCAGCUUCUUCCUGGAUCCGACCGAUGCUCAAAGCAGGGAUCCUGGAUUAUCGUUUUCCGUGAGCCCCGGUGAUCACUCUGCGGCUGAAGGAACUCCGGUGAGACUGAGAUGCGAGGUCGACCCUGGGUCUGGGAAGGACGUCGUCUACUCCUGGAGCCUUGAGGGUAAGGAUCUGUCUCCAAGCCCCCGGCGACACCAGGACGGCGGUGAUCUCGUCAUUACCAGAGUCGACCGAACCUCGGACAGCGGAAGCUUCGUCUGCAAAGCAACCCACCGCCUCACCGGUCUCUUCAUCGAAAGUUCACCGGCAACAAUCAGCGUUCAAUGGAUAAGCACAGCUGACGUUCAACUGCAGCUACCAAAGUUUCCGAACCUUCUUAAACCCGGCGUCGAUGUCGAGCUCAAAUGUCACGUUGAAGGAUCGGGAGAAAUGCGCUACGAAUGGUUCAAAAACUCUGAACGUGUAUCAAAGUCGGAUCGGAUCGAGAUCAAGAAGAAGAAGCUUCACAUCCGUAAAUCAAGCACCGAUGACAACGGAGUGUAUACGUGCCAAGCGCGUAACGAGGUCGGUUCUUCACCAGUGGGAAAAAAUUUUCCACUUGUGAUACCGAGUAACGAUACAGCCACGAUAAAGACCGUGCCGCAAAAUAUAAUCGCAAAGCGUGGCGAGCCGGCGUUCUUUCAUUGCCAAUACGAAAAUGCCGACACAGUACAGUGGUUCUUUGACAACAAUGGACCCCUUGAAUCAGACGACGAGAGAAUAGUGUACGAAAAUGGUACCCUGGUGAUUCUAGCCGCGGAGCAUCGGGAUCAAGGAAUGUAUUCGUGUCACGGACCGAGAGGCGAAACUUUGCAAGUCUAUUCCGCCGAGUUGCAAAUUGCUUAUCUGAGGAACCUGUCCGUCACUUCUUUCGAACCUGCCUUAUCCAACCAACUGGCUAUAGUGGGCGAACAGCAGGAGCUGCAGAUAAGCUGUUUGGAACCAUCUGGUCUUCCACGACCCAAAGUCUACUGGAAGAACCCGAAUGGGCACAUCAUUAGCGAUUCCGGAGAGGUCAGAGUCCAGGACAACACGCUGAUAAUCAGCAAGGCACGGUUGGACGAUGAUGACGGAAAUUACACCUGCGUUGCCGAAAAUUUAGCAGGGGAAACGGCGAUGAGUGUUCAGGUCGUCGUAUCCACUCCACCGGGCUUGGUCUCCUCGCCAGAAUCAAUAACGGUUACGGAAGGAGAUCCAGCGACGUUGUCCUGUUCGUACGUUGGAAUGGAAUCGCCAAUCACGCACAUCCGGUGGCUGAAAGACGGUGAACCACUACGAGAAAGCGGAGGUCCAGUGAGGCACCGAGUGUCUGACAACCGAGGGAACGUAACUCUUUUCUUAACAAGCGUCGACUUAUCAGACAAGGGUAGCUACAAAUGCGAGAUAUUCACCAAGGGUUUUCCAUCGAUAUUUUCCGAGCAUGCCGAGCUCGUGGUUAAGGAGAAGCUAAAGUUCUCAUCCCUCUACAACGAACGACUCGAACUCGGCUCGACGAGCAAGGUUUACUGCAAAGCACACGGCGCCACUGAACCCACUGUUAAGUGGAUAAAAGAAGGAUACGGUACUGAGUUCCCCCCACAUGUUCAAGACGUAAACGGUACCUUGCACUUCAACGGCGUUGUCGAGGAUGACAAAGGGAGAUACACGUGCUUGGCGACAAACAGUCAGGGAUCCAUAAAUCACACCAUCACCAUCGACGUUGUCAUUGCUCCCAAGUUCACCGUUCAACCCCAAAAUCUGACAGAGGCUAUCGAGGGUCACUCCGUACUGAUUGACUGCUCCGCCGAGGGAGAUCCGAAGCCAAAAAUUCAGUGGAUGAAAAAUUUGAAAUCGAACGAUUUGGAAAGCCCUCGUUUUCAGGUACUUCAAAAUGGAAGUCUCUACAUUCGUGAAGUUUAUCUCACAGACGAGGGGAGCUACGGUUGCAUCGCCGGAAACAGCGGGGGACUGAGAACGAAAGAAGUUCAGCUAAUCGUUCGACCCGGAGAUGGCUACCGUUCAGAUAUGGACAUGAAUAACGAAGAGGAUGAAUCAAUGAUGGGAAGAACAGUGAUUAUAACGCUGGGUGCAGCAGCAGCAUACAUGGUUUUGGUGGUCGGGUUGAUGCUGUACUGUCGAUACAGAAGAAAACGCAGGAAGCAGCAAUACUUGCAAGAGCAAGCCGAAGAAAAACUGGAGAACGGAGAAGUGCAUGAUGAGCAAACGGAGCUGAACGAAACGAACCACAAAACAUCGUCAGCCAAGAAGAAUGAAAACCGAGAUUCCCAUCGAAGUGACGGUGCGGACACAGCGCAAAGCCAGAGCAGCAACCACUCUAAGAAGUCGAAGUCAAGCUACGACAAGAUCGCGGUGUCCCGAAGUAACCUCAAGGAUCAAAAACCGUUGGGGCGCGGUGAGUUCGGAGACGUAUUUCGUUCAAAGUACCAGGUCGAAGGAGAGAAGGAGAACCUGGUGAUGAUAAAGAGCCUGACAAACACAAAGGACGAGAACGCGCUGCAGGAGUUCAAGCGGGAACUCGAUCUUCUGUACAAACUGAGCCACGAAAACGUUGCGAGACUCAUUGGUCUGUGCAGAGAAGAGGAACCGCACUACAUGCUCCUCGAGUACACGGACUGGGGUGACCUCAAGCAGUUCUUGAUCGCCUCGCGGAAGGACAGCGCGUCCAGCCCGAGUCACGACGCGAAAAAGCGGGUCCCCCAGCUCUCGGUUGCCCAGAUAUUGUCCCUUUCGAUCCAGGCAGCCAAAGGGCUGAAACACCUCGCGGACAACCGUCUCGUCCAUAAGGACAUAGCCGCAAGGAACUGCCUGAUAUCGAGUAAUUUUUCGAUCAAGAUAUCGUUCCCUUGCAUGACAAAGGAGCCCUACCAUCAGGAGUACACGAAAUAUCGUAACCGGGUCAUCCCUCUUAGGUGGCUUCCCUACGAGGCGGUUUACGAGGACGAGUACUCGACGAAGAGCGACGUCUACUCGUUCUCGUGCCUCGUAUGGGAGAUGUUCCACCAGGGUGAGCUGCCCUUCAACAAGCUCAACGACGACUCCGUACUUGCACAGCUUAAAACUGAGAAACUCGGUUGGAAGGCCCACAAGGCUGCGCCUCCAGCCCUUCAGGAGCUUCAGGCAACCUGCUGGGCCAACGAUCCCAGGGAACGUCCUACCUUCGACGAUGUUGUUAUUAAAUUAGGCGAAAUUGUUGUAGAUAGCUGCCUUUCUACGUAGGCUAUUUUAGUUUAUUUUUUGUCUUUUUUUUUUCUUAUUUCGACACAUAUA